GCAGGCCCGUUAAACAUGGAGGGCCGGCGGGCUACACGCAGGACUUUAUCACCUGAACCUAAAGUAGGAGCUACAGCUACUCUGCUGGCUCUCUGGCUCUUAGUGGUCCCUGCGUUGUGCAGUGGGCAGACAUUUACUAACUUCCACCCUGAACGUCGGGAUUGGGUGUUCAACCACCUGACGGUUCACCAAACCACGGGGGCAUUGUAUAUUGGAGCAGUCAACCGUGUGUACAAGCUAUCAGGCAAUUUGACCCUCCUUGUUUCCCACGACACAGGCCCAGAGGACGACAACAAGGCGUGCUACCCCCCUCUGAUAGUCCAGCCCUGUUCUGAGCCCCUCGUGUCUACCAACAAUGUCAACAAGCUUCUGCUCAUCGAUUACUCCCAAAAUCGGUUACUGGCCUGUGGCAGCCUCUACCAGGGAGUGUGCAAACUCCUCAGAUUGGACGACCUCUUCAUCUUAGUGGAGCCCUCCCACAAGAAAGAGCACUACCUCUCCAGCGUCAACCAGACUGGGACCAUGUAUGGAGUCAUUGUGCCUUCACAAGGCCAGGAUGGCACCUUGUUUAUCGGCACAGCAGUGGAUGGAAAACAGGACUACUUUCCUACCAUCUCCAGUCGAAAGCUACCACGCGACCCGGAAUCUUCUGCUAUGCUUGACUAUGAGUUGCACACCGACUUUGUGUCCUCGCUCAUCAAGAUACCAUCAGACACACUGGCUCUUGUCUCCCACUUUGACAUCUUCUAUGUAUACGGCUUUGCCAGUGGUAGCUUUGUUUACUUCCUGACCGUGCAGCCAGAGACACCAGAGAACAGCAUGUCAUCCAGCGGCUCCACCAGCGACCUCUUUUAUACCUCUCGCAUUGUCCGCCUCUGCAAAGACGAUCGCAAGUUUCACUCCUACGUCUCCCUCCCCAUCGGCUGUGUGAAGAACGGAGUUGAGUACCGUCUCCUGCAGGCCGCCUACCUCGGCAAGCCGGGGCGCGUUCUCGCUGCCUCGCUCAACAUCAGCGCCCAGGAUGAUGUGCUCUUCACCAUCUUCUCCAAGGGCCAGAAGCAGUUCCACCGCCCACCGGAUGACUCAGCGCUGUGCGUCUUCACCAUCCGAGACAUUAAUGCAAGAAUCAAGGAGCGCCUGCAGUCCUGCUACCAGGGAGAGGGAAACCUGGAGCUCAACUGGCUGCUUGGGAAGGACGUGCAGUGCACCAAAGCGCCGGUGCCAAUUGACGACUCUUUCUGCGGUCUGGACAUCAACCAGCCACUCGGUGGGUCUCAGCUGGUGACCGGUCACACUCUCUACACCGAGACUCGGGACCGCAUGACAUCUGUCACCUCCUAUGUCUACAAUGGCUACUGUGUUGCCUUUGUAGGCACAAAGAGUGGUCGUCUAAAGAAGAUCCGCGUUGACGGGCCUCCUCAUGGCGGCGUCCAGUACGAGACGAUAUCAGUCAUCAAGGACGGCAGCCCCGUCCUGCGAGACAUGGCCUUCUCCCUCGACCGCAACUACCUCUACGUCAUGUCGGACCGACAGGUCACCCAAGUUCCCAUCGAGUCAUGCGAGCAGUACGGGACCUGCGGUGAGUGCCUGAGCUCUGGAGACCCUCACUGCGGCUGGUGUGUCCUGCAUAACAUCUGUUCUCAGAAGAAUCGCUGUGAGCGUGCAGAUGAGCCGUACCGCUUUGCCGCCUCGCUCAACCAGUGUGUGAAGGCCACUGUGUACCCAGACAGCAUUGCAGUGUCAGAGCCCAGCGUACCUUUACUGGUGAGAGUGAGCCAUGUUCCAGACCUUUCCGCGGGCAUCACCUGUUCCUUUGGCAACCUGACGGAGGUAGAGGGUCAGGUCAACGGCAACCAGAUACUUUGUGUGUCUCCUGCUGCCAAGGACGUGCCCGUCAUCCCCACAGACCAAGAUUGGUCGGGCGUUGAGCUGAGACUCAACUCGAAGGAGACGGGUCAGAUGCUCAUCAGCACAGAGGUCAAGUUCUACAACUGCAGUGUUCACCAACUGUGUCUGUCAUGUGUGAACAGUGCCUUCCGCUGCCACUGGUGCAAGUACCGCAACUUGUGUACCCAUGACCCCUCCAGCUGUUCCUUCCAGGAGGGACGAGUCAACGCCUCCGAGGACUGCCCCCAGCUGGUGCGCUCCGAGGAGAUCCUGAUCCCUGUGGGGGAAGUGAAGCCCAUCACCCUGAAGGCCAGGAACCUCCCUCAGCCCCAGUCCGGCCAGCGAGGCUACGAGUGCGUCCUCCACAUCCAGGGGGUCAGCCACAGAGUCACCGCCCUGCGCUUCAACAGCUCCAGCGUGCAGUGCCAGAACAGCUCGUAUUUGUACGAGGGGAUGAAAAUCAGCGAGCUUCCUGUGGAUUUCUCGGUGGUGUGGAACGGCAACUUCAUUAUUGACAACCCGGAAAACAUCCAAGUGCACCUGUACAAGUGUGCGGCCCAGCGGGACAGCUGCGGCAUGUGUCUGAAGGCGGAGAGGAAGUUCCAGUGCGGCUGGUGCAGCGGAGAGGGGAAGUGCACCCUGCGGCACCACUGCCCCCCCAUCAACCCUUACACCACCCGCUGGCUCAACCUGUCCACCAAGAACGUCAAGUGCACCAACCCACGCAUCACCGAGGUGACCCCAGUGGCCGGACCUCCAGAGGGAGGAACCCGGGUGACCAUCCAUGGCACAAACCUGGGUCUGGCCUUCUCGGACAUGGUGGGAAAUGUGGAGGUUGCUGGAGUGAGGUGUUCCCCUGUGGAGGACGGCUACAUCAUCGCUGAACAGAUCGUUUGUGAGAUGGAUCCGGCUCUUUCCGACACCAGACCUGGUCCGGUCCAGCUGUGUGUCGGAGAAUGCAGACCAGAGCUCAGAGCUCGCUCCCCACAGCUCUACUCCUUUGUGACUCCCUCAGUCACAGGUCUGUCCCCCAGCAGGGGUCCAGAGUCUGGGGGCACCAAAGUCACCAUCAUUGGAGAGAACCUCGGCGCCGGCAGCAGCGUCAACGUUCAGUUCGGGAACCAGACCUGCGAGUUCUUUGGGCGGACCAUGACGGAGAUUAUUUGCUACUCCGCCCCCUCCCCGUCUGGGGUCGGCCCAGUGCAGAUCAGUGUGAGUGUUGACCGCGCACAGAUCAAGGAGAGCCUCACCUUUGAGUACAUCGAGGAUCCCACCGUCCAGCGGAUUGACCCUGACUGGAGCAUUGCAAGUGGCCACACCCCCCUGAUGGUGACAGGAACCAAUCUGGAUGUUGUCCAGGAGCCAAGGAUCCGAGUCAAAUACGCCGGCCGAGAGUCCGUCAAUGUGUGCAAAGUGUUGAACACCACCACUAUGAGCUGCUUGGCCCCCUCCCUCAUGGCAGAGUAUCACCCCGCUUUGGACACGGUGAAACACGCGGACGAGUUCGGCUUCAUCUUCAACAACGUGCAGGCGCUGCUGGUCUACAACAACACCAACCUCCUCUACUACCCGAACCCUUACUUCGAGCCUCUCAGCACCUCCGGCGUCCUCGAGCAGAAGCCGGGCUCGCCCAUCAUUCUCAAGGGCAGAAACCUGGUUCCCCCGGCGUCAGGAGGGGUGAAGCUUAACUACACGGUGCUGAUUGGAGAGACCCCCUGCUCUGUCACUGUGUCCGAGAGCCAGCUGCUGUGUGAGCCCCCCAACCUCACCGGACAAUACAAAGUCAUGGUCCAGGUAGGCGGUCUCCACGUCUCCCCGGGCGCGGUCCACAUCAUGUCCGACAGCCUGCUCACCCUGCCGGCCAUCGUCAGCAUCGCCGCCGGCGGUGGCCUCCUCCUCAUCAUCGUCAUCCUCGUCCUCAUCGCCUACAAGCGGAAGUCGCGUGAGAAUGACCUCACCCUGAAGCGCCUGCAGAUGCAAAUGGACAACCUGGAGUCACGCGUCGCCCUGGAGUGCAAAGAAGCUUUCGCCGAGCUGCAGACAGACAUCAAUGAGCUUACCAGUGACCUGGACAGAGCCGGUAUCCCCCAUCUGGACUACAGGACGUACGCCAUGAGGGUCCUCUUCCCCGGCAUCGAGGAUCAUCCUGUCCUCAGAGAGCUGGAGGUGUCGGGGAACGGCCAGCAGAACGUGGAGAAGGCCCUGAAGCUGUUCGGCCAGCUCAUCAACAACAAGGUGUUCCUGCUCACCUUCAUCCGAACGCUGGAAAUGCAGCGCUCUUUCUCCAUGAGGGACCGCGGCAACGUGGCCUCACUUAUCAUGACGGCGUUGCAAGGGCCUGAGUACGCCACCGAUGUCCUCAAACACCUGCUGUCGGACCUCAUCGACCGCAACCUGGAGAGCAAGAAUCACCCUAAACUGCUUCUGCGCAGGACUGAAUCUGUUGCAGAGAAGAUGCUUACAAACUGGUUUGCCUUCCUACUUCACAAAUUCCUCAAGGAGUGUGCCGGGGAGCCUCUGUUCAUGCUGUACUGCGCCAUCAAGCAGCAGAUGGAAAAGGGGCCCAUCGACGCCAUCACUGGAGAGGCCCGCUACUCCCUAAGUGAAGACAAGCUCAUCCGCCAGCAGAUCGAGUACAAGACUCUGAUACUGAACUGUGUGAACCCCGACAACGAAAACAGUCCGGAGAUUCCCGUGAAGGUGCUGAACUGCGACACCAUCACCCAGGUGAAGGAGAAGAUCCUGGACGCCGUCUACAAGAACAUGCCCUACUCUCAGCGGCCGCGAGCUGUCGACAUGGACCUCGAGUGGCGCCAGGGGCGGAUGGCUCGUGUGGUGCUACAGGAUGAAGACAUCACCACCAAGAUAGAAAACGACUGGAAGAGACUCAACACUCUCAUGCACUACCAGGUGUCAGACCGCUGCGUGGUGGCUUUGGUGCCCAAACAGACCUCAUCAUACAACAUCCCCUCCUCAGCCAGCAUAUCCCGCUCCUCCAUCAGCAGAUAUGACUCUUCGUUCCGAUACACGGGCAGCCCCGACAGCCUGCGUUCACGCGCUCCCAUGAUCACUCCUGAUCUAGAAAGCGGAGUGAAGGUGUGGCACCUGGUGAAGAACCACGAACAUGGAGACCAGAAGGAGGGAGAUCGAGGCAGCAAGAUGGUCUCUGAGAUUUAUCUGACCAGGCUGCUAGCUACAAAGGGUACGCUACAAAAAUUUGUGGACGAUCUGUUCGAGACGUUGUUCAGCACGGUUCACAGAGGGAGCACUCUCCCCCUCGCCAUCAAGUACAUGUUUGACUUCCUGGACGAGCAGGCGGACAAACACGGAAUCCACGACACGGACGUACGCCACACGUGGAAAAGCAACUGCCUUCCGCUGCGUUUCUGGGUGAAUGUGAUCAAGAACCCGCAGUUUGUGUUUGACAUCCACAAGAGCAGCAUAACGGACGCCUGCCUGUCUGUCGUCGCUCAGACUUUCAUGGAUUCUUGCUCCACUUCAGAGCACCGCCUGGGCAAAGACUCCCCAUCCAAUAAGCUGCUCUACGCUAAAGAUAUCCCCAAUUAUAAGAGCUGGGUAGAGAGGUACUACGCCGACAUCAACCGGUUGCCAGCCAUUAGCGACCAGGACAUGAACGCUUAUUUGGCAGAGCAGGCCAGACUGCACUCCACAGAGUUCAACAUGCUCAGCGCUCUCAACGAGAUCUACUCGUACAUCAGCAAGUACAGUGAGGAGAUCACAGCAGCUCUGGAGCAGGACGAACAGGCGAGGAAGCAGAGGUUAGCCUACAAGGUGGAUCAGCUCAUCUCCGCCAUGUCCUACGAGAGCUGAGAGUCAGAGAGAAGGGACCAUAAUCUGUAAGGACCAACCCAAAAAAAACAGGGUCCGGCAUUACUUACCUCUCAUCUUUGGGGAGCUAGCUUGAAACCGUGAGCCAGACCUGGGACCUUUCUGUAUCCGCAGCCGUACAGACUUCAACUUGCUUUCCUUUGUAUUUCUCUCCGCCUCCUCCCAUGUCGGCACCAGCUCAGAGCCCACAGACUAAUAAUAAACCCGGGCCCUGCAGCUGGGGCUGAUAAUGGCAUGGAGGAGGAACAUCAGCAGAGGAGGCAUCAACAUGGCUUGUAUUUAUUUAUUUUUUUUCGUUUUUUUGUUUCUCAAAGGAUAUUUUCUCUCAGUUUCACAGGAAAUUGUAUGUUGUGUGUGCGUGUGUGUGUGUGUGUGUGUGUGUGCACGAGUGUGUGUUUGUGUCAUGCAGAAGAAGACUCCUCAGCAAAUUGAGAAACAGAUUUUAUUCUUUACUCACUUCUGAGUGUGAAACGGACACAAGUUUAAGAAGAAGAAGAAGAAGAAGAAGACAGAUCUCAAGCUGGACAGCUGAGUUGGCGUUCAGAUUUUUAUUUUUGUACUUGUACAUUUGAAUAUUAUCAGUUGCAGUUGAAAUAUACCACACAGGAUCCCCAUACAUGUUGUAUAAAGACAUAAAGAGUGUAACGCGACAUGAGGGGUGGUGUCACAGGCCCACGUCUUCUCCCACUCAUCCCCUCGUUGGACUGAUGCUUCACACGACACGGACUAAACCUCUUCUCCAAACAGAAGUGUACAGGAAACAUGAAACUAUGUGCUCAUCAUCUAAGAGUGAACAGAUCUCCACUCGUGGUGGUCACGGUUCAGCCAGCAUGCUUGCACCUAAACUGAGGAUUAUAGAGAAGAAGUGUAUUUAGAGGACUACCUUCAAAUCAGCAUCACUCUGGUUUUCAAGGCUUUGUCCAGCAGUUAGGUCAUCUAUGUAUGUACCAGUUGCCAAUCAGUGUAUGUGAAUGUACACAUUUUUUUUUGUCUGUAUGUCUAUUUGAGUUUUGCAAACAGAAAGGGGGCUCAGUCGAACUGAGCUCUGUAGAUAUUUGCUUUAGCUCGUCUAGUGAACAGCUUCAUUUGUCCGUCCUGGCCCUAAACCCUCCUACUGCUUCCCAAACAUUAUUUACCCUCAAUGUGGCUAGCACCGCUGCUCAUACAGCACAGUAUGUACAGCUAGCGGUUAGCAGAGACAAACAACAGCAAUUAAACAUAUUCUAUUGGCAGCGUUUUCCUCUGGCUUCACACUCGGGAUGCGACAAAUGCUGUCGAUGAUGUUAUAGUGUUCAAGGUUGCAAAUCGUGUAAAUGUAGAAAAUCUCACAAAUUGUAUCCAUUUCGUGCUUCCUGAUUGCUUAGCAUCUGAAAAACAAAAAUCACAACAACAAAAUACUUGGUUUCAUACCUUCAGAAGCCCUUUGCGGACAUACAUUUUAUAUUACCGUGAUAAAAAGUACAUUUCGUUAUUUUAUCUCUUUAUCUCAGGCUGGUUUUCCUGUGAUGACGAGUUAAUUUCAGUCGUUCUCUCAAAACUUGAGAAAUUAACUUGGGAUUACAAGAAAAACUAAUUUAUACCUCAAGAUGUUGAAAUAAGUUCAAGAUCUUGAGAAAACAACUGGAAAGUACCCGCUGUCAGAGGAAAACAGAGUAAAAUAAAAGGGCUUCUGUAGGCUACCACCAGAAAACAGCUAAAGUACUUCUUUAGCUACUUUCUAGCUAAAGUAAUUCAGCUACAAAGGAGCUAAAUGUCUACAUUUAGCUCCUUUAAGCUAAUAUUACUGUUUGCUGCAAAGUGGCUGAAUGCUAACAUUUAGCUAGACUUUUAAGCUUAUAACCCUGUUAGCUUGAAAGUAGCUGAAAAAUAAUACUUGAGUGGUGUUAUGAAACAUUAUAUUUUUACCUUCAGUUUCAGUUGUUGUCUGAAACUUGCUCAAUGCUAACAUUAGCGGUUGUUGCUUCCCAACCUGAGUUUGACGUUCGAGGAAAAUGGCCGCCAUGUGAGUAUGAUGAAUAGGUUAUUGUAGGCUAGAACACAUCACACUAAUCACCACUGUUUUGCUCUUAGGGAACAACUUUAUGUCAACCUUAUGCGCAUGCUAUCACAGAUAGAUGUGCUCCAAGGGUCCAUCUUUGAUUUUUAUCAAGUGCCAAUGAGUAGCGUCAGAUCUCGUUGGACGGUUGACCACCACCCAUGUUCUCGCACAGUCAAUAAGAAGCCUAGCUGAGCGGGUCUAUCUAUAUUGACCAAGUGCCAAAAGUUGCUGUUGUUUCCAAAUUUUCACUAAAUGUGUCAAAAUAUCGGUUUAUGCUUUACAGAGGGGGAAAAGCUCUUGUUUUUUUUUUUUGGUGUAGAGCUGGUUCAAGUUGAGGCUUCCAUAUCUGGGAGAGUGGGCGAGUUUUGAAACUCAAGAAAGGUACGAAACAUAAGCAUGGGGAAAAGAGAUCAUAAAAACAUAAACGUGUAUAUUUCAUGUUGUGUGUGUGUCUCUCCUGACUUAAAACCAAAACAUCACAAGCUACAGGCUGAUGUAAACCUUCCAUCCUUCUAGCUGGAUGACAGAAAACUGUAGAUUCCAUCCUCUGGAUAGGUGGUUUCAUUUUCUUCCGAGAUCCAUGUUUGCUUGUUGUUUACAUCAAGUACUUGAAAAAUAGGUGGUAUUAAAGGUUUGCACAGUGUACUGCAAUUGUGUUUUUGAGAGCAUGACAAACACCAGUAGUAAGUGAAAGGUGCUUCUUUUCUCUGUGGCCUUAGAUACCCACCUGCUUAGUGUUCUUGAUCUUAUUAGUCCUCGACUCGGGCACGGUUCCUUUCCGUGCUCUGGACCCCAACGGUUUCUCACCACGGCUGCACCGCUCCGCUGAAAACUGUCUCAGCGAGAUAAAGUAAAAGGAAAGGUGAAGAGGGUUAUACGGGCCGGGCUCAGGCAGACGUCUCCUCUUCCAGAGCUCGACUCGCCUGAGCCAUUUGAAGAGAAGUGUCGAGAAAUGAGGAGAGGGGGAAAGGUAGAUAGAGAGAGAGAGAGAGAGGGAUAGAGAGAGGGAUAGAGAACCCCUUUAGCUCUGGUUUCCUGCUCGGCCUUUGAAGCUGCUCUUUGAUCUGAGUUGGUUGUGUGCACAGUGAGAUCAGGAGAUGGAAAGAAGAAAAAAAAAACAUCAAACUAACAGGCAAGGAGAAAUGUAGGAUGAGGUGGUGAUUGACACGCUGUUACUGUGUCUGACCAGUAGGGGCAGCAGCGGGGAAAGAGAAGUUGGACUUUUUUUCCCCUCUUGUGAAAAAAGCCUCUUCUUACUCACUAACCCCAUAAUGAAAAUCUACAGGUACACAAUGGGACACAUAGAACAGUACACACACAAAACUUCUUCCUUUUGAUUAAGGUGUCUUCCCAAUUUCAGCGAAUAGAAUUGUAUCCUCCUCAUACCUCACAUUGCUUGUAUGGAGUAAUGCUUUUUAUCAUUUUUAACAGGACCUAAAUGCCUUUUUUCCUUUUGCAAGGGAUGAAUUGUAUGUUUAAUAGAGUCUUUCCAACUCCAAGAUGAGCUCCCCUGGACUCCGAAAUGUGACAACAUAAUCAGAGGCACACUGAUUGGUUAGAGAGUGGCUUCGAUUUUUUUUUUUUUCCUCUCAAGAGAUAAUUUCUAUCAGGAUGUUUCCUUUUGUCUUGUGUGAGAUUUUUUUGCAUGCGUUUUAAUAUCACGCUUUAGUUCUGCUUGGUAUUUCAUAUUGAUCCACUCCAUCAUUAGUCUGACUGCAAUUCUUACCGAAAGCCCAUUUUGUACCACGUCUUAAAUCACAGCUGAAUGCACCUUUUUUAUUUUGUGAAAGAGAUUCUUUGUGACUAGUUAGAGCUCGUUUCCAUGCUGUACACUCACUGAUGGGAACAUUUGAAUUCAGUCUGAACUGAGAAGAGACAAAGUUUGUUUACUCUUCCUGCAGCUCAGAUCCCAUUUGACUGCCAGUGUAGUGAAAUAUGGAUAGACGCUCAUAAUAACAACCUCAUUUCAGCUCAAGCUGACUGCUAAUUGAAGAUGCUUUGUGCACUUUUUCUGCUCUCAGUGUAACGUGUUGCCGAAGAGAUGGUUUUGUAGUUUUGACUGGCAUGUGUCAUUCCUUUAUAUGAAACGAAACAUUUAAUCUGAAUUAUUUUUGUUUGUUUGCUUUUAUCACAUCAAACAGGGGAACUGAAAUCCACAUCAAUAUAUUACCCUCAAGUCAAAAUAUCACCAAGUAUAAAACGAGUAUCCUUCCAUUUAAAACACAUUGUAAACAAACCCUUUGUAGACACUGGAGUUCUGUAAAAUAGUACUUACUGGCAAUGAUGAUGACGACGACGAUGACGAUAAUAAUAAUGGCUGUCUGUUCUUGUUUUAUAAAAGUGUUGUGAAAAAUUGUAAGAAACUUAAAGUAUUUAAAAAAGGUUGUUCUCUUGUUUUUUUUAUUUGCUUUGGUUUUGUUAUGAUAAUAUAUUAUUGUGUACCUAUUGUAAAUAUGAAGCACACCUAUUUUGCAAGCCAAGGAUUCACUUUGUACUGUUGUUAUAUAUAAAUAAACUUUGCUGGUUAAAAAUUGCAUAGAACUGAAA